ACAUAUCCAUUUCCUUCUCAUCAACUCUUCAAAAAAAAAUGGCAUUAUUAAUCAAAGCUUCUAAUGUUCUAAUUUGUUUCAUCAUUUUGGCCCUUGUUUUUCCCUAUUCUCAUGCCCAAAAUUCUCAAACAGACUAUCUCAACACUCAUAAUUCUGCUCGAUCUCAAGUUGGUGUUAGUGCAAUAACAUGGAACACAACUCUUGCAAAUUAUGCACAAAAUUAUGCUAAUCAAAGAAUUAGUGAUUGCAAUCUUGUCCACUCUAAUGGUCCUUACGGCGAAAAUAUUGCUAAGGGAACUGGUUCUUUCACGGGCACUGCUGCUGUUAACUUGUGGGUAGGUGAAAAACCGUACUAUGACUACAAUAGUAAUAGUUGCACCGGUGGACAACAAUGUCUACAUUAUACUCAGGUGGUCUGGAAAAACUCGAUUCGACUUGGUUGUGCUAGGGUUCAAUGUUCAAAUGGCUGGUGGUUUGUUAUUUGCAGCUAUGAUCCUCCAGGCAAUUACAUUGGCCAACGCCCUUACUAA